AUGCGUUACUCGGCUGAGACCAUAGACCUUUGGCAGAGAGCAUGGGUCACCCAUGAAAAGGGAAGGUGGACUUUCACUUGGUUCCCGGACGUCCGCGCGAGACUGGAGCGAGUAUGGUGCAUCAUGGAUCAUUACACGUCCCAGCUCAUGUCGGGCCACGGGGACUUUAACGCGAAACUCCACGAGUUAAACCUGAGAGGUGAUGCAGUUUGCCGAUGCGGGUCGCCACAACCGACCGCCGAGCAUCUGCUGUACGAAUGCCCACUCUCGAGCCAAGAAAGAGAGAAACUCGCGGUCGUAGUACGAGCGGCCGGUGCGGACUGGCCGUGCGAUCCCGAGUUCAUGACGAGAUCCGACGUCAUGUUCCAGGCGGUAAAACGGUUCGCACAUGCGACACUGUGCCGCACUGAUGAAGGGUGA